AUGAAUCCCAAUAAUAACCCUCUUAACACCCAAAAUUCUACUAAUUAUCCUUUCAACUACCCAAAUCCCAAUUAUAUAUUUCAAAAUCAAUCUUCCAACCAACAAGAUAUGAUGUCAUAUUCAUCUCAAGCACCACCUUAUUAUUCUUCUACUCCAAUGGGAAAUGAAAAUUUUCCUAAUGUUGUACUUGAUGAAUUUCCUGAUUUUUCUACACAAAUGGCUCUUGGUGGCAUGAGCGGUGGUCAUGGAGCCACUCCAAAUGUAGAGGAUUCAACUCCUGUUCGUCAGAAAAGCCCCAAAUGGACCACUGGUCAAAAUUUGGUUCUAAUUAGUGGGUGGAUUAAAUAUGGAACAGACAAUGUUGUUGGGAGAAACCAAAAAAGUGAUUCAUAUUGGGGUAAAAUUGCUUAUUACUGUAAUGAGCAUUGCUCAUUUGAUCCUCCCUGUGAUGGAGCUGCAUGUAGAAAUCAAUACAACUACAUGAAUAAAAUACUUAAUAAAUGGACAGACGCUUAUGAUAACGCCAAGCCCUUAGAAUCGAUCAAUGAAGAGUGGAAUAAAUUCAAACAAUUUAAGGAGAAAGAGUUGGAACGAUUGGACAAAAUAGCCAUGAGGCAAGAGGAAGUUAACCAAUUGUUGAAAGAAAGUACUGAGACUAAGAAGAUGAAGAUGUUUGUGAAGCUAAGUUCAAAGGAGCAUCUUGAUGAUCGGAGCAAAGAGUUGUUGGAAAAGUUGGGUCGCGAUCUAUUUAGAAAUUAA